AUGAAGGGCAAAACUUUUGCUGGAGAGAGACAGGCGGGUUUGGAAGUUGGAAAAACUCGUAAGCUCCCAAACAAGGUCAUCACGCAUUUUCGGCCGGCUCUUCAACUUGACUACCAUCGGAUGCCCAAGGCUGCUCGCAGGGACCACAGCGCCCUUCAGAUUCCAUGUGGGUACUUGAAAUGCGAACGCUACUUCAAGACUCAGGCAGGGCGCAAAAAGCACUGGAAUGCUUCGCACCCAACAUUCAUAUCAGCUCCUACCACCAGCGUCUCACAUACUGCUACAGUCGAAGACGAGCCCGAAGAACCACACAAUGACUUCUUCGCAGGACAUGAUGACUUCUCCGCAGGCUUAUUUGACGCAGGUCAGGCUCUCGAUGAGCCUGAUCAUCUGGACACGCAGUUUGUGGGGCCGGUGUGGGUAUCACAACCUGGCAGGCACAUAUAA